CUUUCCUCCUGGCCGCCGCCGGGCUCCUUUCCACCCUUCCUCUUCUUUUGGAAUAAGCUGCUGCAGUUCCCAGCCCUGCAUUGCUGCCCCACUGCAACAUCCAGCCUCGCUCCAAGAGCUGCGAAGGAAAAGUUCUCUCUCCUCCAUCCACGGGAGCCUCUAUAGCGCAGGCAAGAAGCCGGGCAUUUAUUUUAUUUUGCAACGUUUUUUUAAAUUCUAGUUCAAACUACAGAUUCCUUCUUUUUUCUUUCUUUCUCCAGUAAAACUGAAACCAUAAUGGCGUAUAUCCUGCUGGUAUUCUCUACCUUUGCCCAGGCUGUUUUCACAAAUGCAUUCAGCUUCUCCAGGGAAAGCACAGAUGACCUCAAAGUUCUGCGGGUCUCCAUUGCCAAAUACCCACCAGUCCGAGCUAUUCUUUCUGGCAGCCUCACCAUCCCCUGCCAUGUUACCUACUUGCAUCCACUUCCCACUUCCGGGACUGGAGGCCGCCGGGCUGUCCAAGGGGCACCCCGUGUGAAGUGGACCUUCAUCACAGAGGGCAGAGAAGCAGAGAUCCUGGUCGCUCGGGGCCUGAAGGUGAAGGUGAGCGAAGCCUACCGCGACAGAGUCUCUCUGCCCUUUUAUCCAGACUCACCAACAGACGCCACCUUGGUCCUGAGCGAACUGCGAUCCAAUGACUCUGGGGUGUAUCGCUGUGAUGUCCAACAUGGGAUCGAGGAUGGGCAUGACCUGCUGCAGGUGAAGGUCAAAGGAGUUGUGUUCCUUUAUCGGGAAGGCUCUACCCGCUAUGCUUACACCUUUGCCAAGGCUCAGGAGGCCUGUACCAGAAUAGAAGCUGAGAUUGCUACACCGGAGCAGUUGUAUGCUGCCUAUCUCAGUGGUUACGAGCAGUGUGAUGCAGGCUGGAUCGCUGACCAAACCGUCAGGUACCCCAUACAGACCCCUCGUGAAGCCUGUUACGGAGACAUGGAUGGAUUUCCGGGCGUCCGUAACUAUGGGGUUGUGGACCCAGAAGACAUGUAUGAUGUCUAUUGCUAUGCUGAAGAACUGUAUGGAGAGUUGUUUGUGGUGAGCUCUCCAGAGAAAUUCACUUGGGAGGAGGCCAAAGCUGAGUGUAAGUCUCUGGGAGUGGAGAUUGCCACGACAGGCCAGCUGUAUGCAGCAUGGAAUGAAGGUCUGGACCACUGCAACCCUGGCUGGCUGGCAGACGGAAGUGUGCGGUAUCCCAUCGUCACCCCACGGGAGAAGUGUGGAGGAAACGUCUCAGGAGUCAAAACCAUCUUCCUCUUUCGCAACCAGACUGGAUUUCCAGAUCCCCAAAGCAAAUAUGACGUGUAUUGCUUUAGAGAAGAGACAAGCCCUUUUUCUGAGUCUCCAGUCCCUGAGGCAGAGGGCAGCAAGGAGAUUGUGACUGUGACAGAAAAGAUGGAAGAGCUGCGGCUGCCCAAAGUGGAGCGCGAGGUGGCGAAGGAAUCCAGAGGGGCCAUUUAUUCCGUGCCCCUUUUGCAGGACAACCUUGAGGCUCAGCAGCAAAAGCCCAGCAGUGCCCCUGAAGAGACAGCCCCACAAGGGCCUGAGGCAGGCCCAGGUAGCUGUGCUUUCAGUCCAGGACAGAGAGAUGAGGAAGGGGGAAAAGAAAGAGAUGGAGGUUGCCCGGGGAGACACAGGAAUGAGGAAGACACAGAAGAAACCCAGAGCACUGAGGAAGACGAGAUGUUGGAUCUAGGCCACCUGGGAGAAGAGGAAUCUGAUGAAGAACAAAAUCUGCCCGGGCCUUCAGAACCAGCUCCAGAGGAGUUUGAGUCCACAGCAGAAGAUGAGGUGGAAAGCACCACUCAGGCAUGGUCCCAAACCUCCCCAGACCUCAGCACAUCAGAGGAUGAGGAUGGACCCCAUGGCUUUCAUGGCCAUGCAGGUUCUGCCCUAGCACCCUCUCAAGAACAUGGAGGAGAAGGCACCACUGAAGCUGACUCUUCUGACAGCCUCUCCACUGGUGAAGGAAGCCAAGCAGCAAGUAGCUCUGAAGAGCUGCAUAAAGACCCAUCGUCAUCACCCUCCACCUCAGAGAUUGCAGCUGAAAGGAAGGUUGUCCCUCUAGAGCAGGUGGCUCAAAAUAUCAGCUACAAUGAUCCUGAAAAAGCUGGCAUUGUUCCUCAUCAGCCUGAGCACUCGGGACUGCCUGAAAACUCCUCUGAAGCUGCUGAGCAGACCCACAUGCACGUAGCCCCACAAAGCGGGCUUAUUCCUGGAUUCACAAGCACCCACGUCCCUGGGCAUCCUGGCGACUCAGUCGAUGCAGAGUUUUCAGGGGCUGUGCCUCCGGGAACAGCUGCAACCGUGGAGAGGACGGCAGUGUGGAAGAGGGUGGUCCCAGAAUCCUCAAGCCCCACAGCUGCCAGCCUGUCUGAAGAGAGCGAGGAGCAUUCUGGGUCUGCGUGGAUUUCACCUGCCGUUGUCACGGGGUUUGCAACUUCCAGCCCCGAAGAGGCUGUGGUUGACUCAGGGCAUGCAGUUAGCACCCAACUUCCUGGGGAGGAGCAUGUGACUGAGGAGGCCACUGAGAGCACCACGCCAGACCUGUCAACAGACGAAUCGGACGAAGAAAGGGAAACCACCAUGGCUGCUCCAGUGCCAAAUGGAGGUGGCGAAGAGCACGAUGGGCAGAAAGAAGAUGCCCCCUCACUUGCCGAAGUCAUCUCUGGAGACAUAUCAGGCUCGCCAUUCAUGAGCCCCCUGUUCACAGAGCCCUCCUUGACCACUGCCCACCCUCUGCCUGUCCUGCCCACAGAAAGUGCCAGCUUUGGAUCAGGUGGGAACAUUUCAGGUGACUGCAUCCCAAACCCCUGUAGUAAUGGAGGGACCUGCACUGAAGAAGGGGACCACACAGGGUGCCUUUGCCUACCAGGCUAUGGAGGAGAUGCUUGUGAGAUCCACCUGGAAAAAUGCCGGCCUGGCUGGGACAGCUUCCAAGGGUUCUGCUACAAGCAUUUCUCCACCCGGAGAAGCUGGGAGGAUGCUGAGACCCAGUGCAGGAAGCUCGGAGGGCACCUGGCUAAUAUCAUGACACCGGAAGAGCAGAGCUUCAUCAACAAUCGGUACAAGGAGUAUCAGUGGAUUGGCCUGAAUGACCGGACAAUUGAAGGCGACUUCCAGUGGUCAGAGGGGAGUCCUCUGCUUUAUGAGAACUGGCAUCCUGGGCAGCCCGACAGCUAUUUCCUGUCUGGAGAGAACUGUGUUGUGAUUGUUUGGCAUGACGAAGGGAAGUGGAGUGACGUGCCUUGUAACUACCACCUGUCCUAUACCUGCAAAAUGGGGCUGGUGUUUUGCAGCCAACCCCCAGAGGUGGCUGAUGCCCAAAUAUUUGGCAAACCAAAGCAGCGUUACGAAAUCAACUCUGUCAUCCGGUACUGGUGCCAAGAAGGGUUCACCCAGCGCCAUUCCCCUGUCAUCAGGUGCCAGGAGAACGGCAAAUGGGAACAGCCGACAUUCACCUGCAUCCCAAGGAUUGAUCAACCCCAGGAAUGAAGAUUUACCUGUGACUCCAUCAUCCCAGAUUCAUGAUCAAGUCAGGACUGAUUUUGCAUAAAUCAGCAUGAAAAACCAACAAGGAACAACAAUGGUGCCUUCUGUUUCCCUUAUUCUUUUUAUUAUUGUUAUUAUAUGAGUGUAUAUAUAAAGAAAUUCUAAUAACUAAAUAUUUCCUUUUAAAGACACCCUCUUUCUCAGCGACAAUAUAAAAUAUAACUUUUUA